CUCGCGGGGCGGACAAGCAGCGCGCCGGCGCACCUCCACGCGCACGCGCACGCACUCGCAGAGCGGAGCCUAAACUCGGUCGGGGCUCAGGUCCGACUUUAGAAAACGUUCUACCUUCCAGACGCUUGUAGGAAUCUGCUCUCUGAGAGGGGGGGAGACGCCGCCUCGUUUAGACCCUUGCUCUCGCACGAUGGAGGAGUGAAGUUUUUUUUGUUUGUUUGUUUGUUUGUACGCAAAUGGGAAUUACACACGCGCCCGGAACGUUGGAUCGCUUUUCUCUCCGGUGAUCGUCAAGGCGGCCGCUUCGCUCCGAACAUGCCGGAGCGAAUAAGCAUUUCGGACUUCGUGGUCCUGACCAACGAGGAUCUGUCCUCGCCGGCGACUUCCAGUUUCCAGUCGAAAAUGAGCGACUGCCGGAACACGGUGUCCGCCGUGGACGAGUCUCUGGAGACGGACCACACAGCUCUACAGAAGAUGAAGAAAAUGAUCAAAGCUAUACAUUCGUCUGGACUCUCCCAUGUGGAAAACAAGGAGCACUAUGUUGAGUUGCUGGAGAAGCUUGGGAACAGCCACCUGACCCAGGACAACAACGAAGUCUCCACGGGGUUCCUCAACCUGGCUGUGUUUACCAGGGAGGUCACAGCCCUCUUCAAAAAUCUGGUGCAAAACCUCAACAACAUCAUGGCCUUUCCUUUGGAAAAUGUGCUGAAAUCUGAACUCCGGGACAGCAGACUAGAGCUCAAGAAACAAAUGGAGAAAAGUUGGAAGGAGUAUGACAUAAAAAUAGGGAAGCUGGAGAAGGAGAGGAAGGAGAAGACCAAGCAGCUGGGUCUGAUCAAGACAGAGGGAUCUGAAGGCGGGGAGGACAUGGAGAGAGAGAGAAGGACCUUUCAGCUGCAAAUGUGUGAGUAUCUUUUGAAGAUCCAGGAGCUCAAGGUGCGUCAGGGCCCUGAUCUUCUCCAGAGCCUCAUCAAAUAUUUCCAGGCCCAGCUCAGUUUCUUUCAGGAUGGACUUAAAGCUGCAGAGAAUCUCUCUCCUUUUAUUGAGAAGCUUGCUGCUUCUGUUCACACGGUGCGUCUUGACCAGGACGAGGAGGUUAAAAAACUCACUCAGCUGAGGGAUUCUCUCAAAUUACUUCUGCAAGUGGAGGGGAAAGAGGAGUAUCUGAACAGGAAGAACUCGGGCAACGGGUAUAGCAUCCACCAACCGCAGGGCAACAAGAAGUACGGGACGGAAAAAUCUGGCUUCCUGCUUAAGAAGAGUGAUGGGAUCAGGAAGGUUUGGCAGAAGAGGAAGUGUGGAGUGAAAUUUGGCUGCUUGACGAUCUCUCACAGUACGAUCAACCGACCGCCAACCAAGCUGAACCUACUGACCUGUCAGGUGCGACCGAAUCCAGAGGACAGGAGGACCUUUGACCUGGUCACUCAUAACCGCACAUACCGUUUCCAGGCAGAAGAAGAGCAGGAAUGUAUGAUCUGGGUGUCAGUGCUGCAGAACAGUAAGGAGGAGGCCCUGAACACAGCAUUGGUAGGCGACCAGCUCCACCUCCAGGACAGCGGGCUCCAGGAGCUCUCCAGAAGCAUCAUCGCCGAGCUGCGGCAGAUGCCCGGCAACGAGGCCUGCACUGAUUGUGGAGCACCAGAUCCAACGUGGCUGUCGACCAAUUUGGGCAUCCUGACCUGUAUCGAGUGCUCUGGCAUCCACAGAGAGCUGGGUGUCCAUUACUCCAGGAUCCAGUCACUCACCCUGGACCUACUGAGCACCUCUGAGCUUCUGUUGGCUGUCAGUAUUGGCAACACCAGAUUCAAUGACAUCAUGGAGGCGGGCCUUCCAAAUGACUCCGUCAAACCAUUACCACAAAGUGACAUGAACGCCAGAAAGGAGUACAUUGUGGCCAAGUACGCCGAGCGCCGGUACGUCCUGCGUAGAGAGGAAGCCGACCCCGGCCGGCUGUAUGACGCCGUGAGGAGUCACGAACUCGCUUCUCUCCUGCAACUCUACGCCGAAGGAGCGGACAUUUCCAAACCGCUGGCGCUGCCCGAUGGACAGGGGGUCAAAGAGACGGCUCUUCAUCUUGCGGUGCGUCUGGAGGACAGAAGCUCUCUGGCACUUGUGGAUUUCCUCUGCCAGAACAGCAACUGUCUAGAGAAGACAACGGCAGAAGGAAACACCGCUCUUCACUACAGCGUUCUGCAUCACAAGCCAGAGUCUCUCAAGUUACUGCUCAAAGCGAAGGCAGCUCUACACACAGUGAACUCUGCUGGAGAAACAGCCCUCGAUGCUGCACGGAGGCUGCAGCAUGCGCAGUGUGUCGAGCUGUUGGAGUUGGCCCAUAGUGGGAAGUUCAACUCUCAGAUUCAUGUGGAGUUCAUGUGGGAGACACAGUCUCAAGAGUUUUAUGACAGUGAGGAUGACCUGGAUGAGCGGGUGAGCCCAUUGCCCAAAAACCGCUCUCCUCUAUCCUCAAAUGGAGGGGGUGGAUCUUCCCUUUCCCGCUACAGCAUGGUUAAUGGUGCCAGUGGUAAUGCUGGGAGUAGGCCUUGUCAGACGUACGAGAAUGUAGACUUUCUAUACACAAAUCCUCCAGCCAACAGCGCUCCCUCUGGAACAUCAUUGCCUCCACCACUGCCAGCUAAAUCCAUUCAGAGAGGCCGCUCGGACCCCCAGAUUUCCAUCACGACACAGGAAGGCCUCCCCAUACCACGGCGUUGCUCUAACCCGGCCUCCCACUCCUCCAGUCCGCCGACGCAGGCGAGGCACGGGCCGCCUUCGCCCAACGCAGAACCCCAAAGGGCGAGACCACCGAGGUCUCCGCACGGCCAGGCAGCUCCUUCCAAAGCACAGAGGCAGACGUGGGACGGUCAACCUGGUGCUCAGAGCAGUAUCCCGCCAACGCCCACUCAGAGUUGCAUAGGGCCUGUCAGUUCAGGGAAGACGACAUCAUAUCGUCGGACCAGCAGCGGCGCAGGCACCCAAGGGAAAUGUGGUGUGGUGCCUGCAAGUUGUAUGAGCAGCCAGGAGGAGCUGUACUGCAGCCUGGUAGGGAAUAGUCCAGGCCUCACCCCGGCUCCUCCUGUCCCAGCACCACCAUCCUCUCCUGCAGUGACUUGUAUGCCACGACCCCGCAGGAAUGCUAUGGUUUCUGGCAGCAGGCCCCACCUGAAGCGUGUCAAGGCUUUAGUGGACUGCAGAGCAGUAAGUUCUGAGCAGCUGGCCUUUUUCAAAGAUGAAAUCAUUGUGGUCACAACCACCACUGACCCCUUCUGGUGGUGCGGUCACAUAGAUGGGGACCCAUCCAGGAGUGGGACGUUUCCUGUCAACUAUGUACACAAACUAACAGACUGAAAUAAGACACUACUCUAUGGCAACAUCACAGAGGAACUGAACCAGCAUGGGAUGCUUACUGAAAGUCACACCGUAGACUUACAGGAGAGGACAGCGUUCAUCGCCUUGAUCGAUCUCAAACUAGGGUUUAAGCAACUUGAGGAAGUUUAUUUUUAUUUACACGAGGAAAUGUUGAAGGAAUUUUCAACUCUCUCUGGAAAACCAACAAAGGGAACUUCUUGGCCAUCCAGAGCGCCAUAAAACUUCUCAUUCCAAGGACAAUGCAGGACAAUCCCCCCCCCCCUCCCACCUCACUAUUAACACGUCCAUUUAACUAAUUAUUAUACAUUACAUUGAAGGUGUAGUUGUUUGUAUUAAGCUGGGAUGUAUUAAGCUUUUUUACUUUGACUUUAUUCUAAAUAUACGGGAAGGUCCAAACCAUCGAAGGCACUUUAAACAUUGAGAAUAAAUCUUCUUAGGAGUUGGCAGCAUGGUUAAUGUAAAUACUGAGUGAGCUGACUGUUGAAUCGAUGUACACUGAGACUUGGAUUUAAGGUUUCGACCUGCUCAGUGUGUGCUGCAGCCGGCCCCGCAACUCGAAAAGUGACUUUGUGCCCGCCAGUCUGUCUCUAACAAAACGGCUGGCGCCUGUGCAGAGAUCAGAAUACUUUACCCCAGCCAUCUUGACUCUGGGCACAGCUCACUGCCAGCUGGGAGGAGGAGGAGGAGGAGGGGGGGGGGUCCGGUUUCCUCUGUCUGUAGGCUUCUGUCUCGGGGGGAACCUGAAAUACAAACCGUGUGUUGGAGAGAAACAAAAGACUCACUGCAGAAAGGUUAAAGUUAGCUUGUUAGCCACAGUAAUUCUUUCAGACACACACGUACAUUACAUAAUGCAUACAGGCAGACCUGCUUAUUACAUUACACACUAGAGAAACUUACAAGAUUUAAGAUCCUUCAAGAAGAUCGGAGAGCUGGGGCAAGGUUGCCCAUUUUUAUAUUUGACAAAAAAACACAUUUCACAGCUAUUUCUCAUCAUUUUUGUUGUACAAACAUGUAUAUAAAUGUCCACUGCUGUACAGUAUAUAUAUAUCUCCUGUUCUCUUGUCUGUCAUGCAUUAUAAAGGAUUGUAUUAUUCUAUUCUUUUUUAAUUUUUUUUAUUUUUAUUAACAUCUUGGUCUCGGUUGGUAAUUACAUGUCCUCUGAUCUAUUGUUGUGUGUCCUCUGUUCUGUUUCGCUACUUGUCUAAACGGGUAUCAAUCAAGAGGCAAAUCGACCCAGUUGCAUCCACAGUAUUUAGAGAAGAUUCUGUUGUAGGAAACUGAAAACGAACACUGACACUGAUGAGUAAAUGCGGACAGGAAGCAUGUGUUUACUUUCAGGGAUGAUUCUACAGAAGUGAAGUUAAUGUGUGCAGCAUUUAAAGCAAUCUAUUGGCAGAAAUGUAAUAUACUAUAUAUUAGUUUUUCUAGUUUAUCACCUGCUAAUUACGAUCCUGUUUUUGUUACCUUAGACUUAUCCCUUAGUGUUUUUGCAUUGACGCCUCCAGUGUGCCACACGCUUUACAUGACGGCUGCUUACAUUCUCCAACUUCAGCGCUAGAUGCCACCCGACACUUCACACUAGUUCUUUAAGUCAAACAUGUGUUUACUUGUCACUCGUUCUGCUUCCAUUGCCUUGUUAUAGUGUUGAUGUAUUAAGUACAACUGUGAGUAGGAACGCUAUUCAAUCGUAAACAACAGUAAAUCAUUUGUAAAUAGAUAUACGUGUUUAAUAAAGUGCCAAACAGUU